CUCCGUGCCCGGCCGAGCCGAGCCGAGCCGUGCCGGCCAUGGCGCUGCUGCGGGCCGCCGCUCUGCCCGCCGAGCCGGCGCCGUGCUGGCUGCCCACCCACGUCCAGGUGACGGCGGUGCGGGCCCGCGGCUUGCGCUGCAAGGGCGGCGGCGCAGCGGGUCCCGGGGACGUGUACGCCGUGCUGGAGCUGGGCCGGCAGCGGCACCGCACGGCCGUGGCGGAGCGGAGCGGCGGCAGCGCCGAGUGGCAGGACGGCUGCGCCUUGGAGCUGCCCCCCGGGCCCGGUUCCUCCCCUGCCGUCCUCACGGUCACCGUGCUGCAGCGGGCGCUGCUCGGGGCCGAUCGCUUCUUGGGGCGUUGCAGCCUGGCCCUGCCAUGCCCGGUCCCCCCCGGCCGAGCUGCGGAGCUGGGGUGGCACAAGCUACACUCCAAGGCUGGGAAGAAGGAGAAGGAGCGGGGCGAGGUCGAAGUGAGCGUCCAGUUCACGCGCAACAACCUGACGGCCAGCAUGUUCGACCUGUCCGUGAAGGACAAGCCGCGCUCGCCCUUCGGCAAGCUGAAGGACAAGGUGAAGGGCAAGAAGAAAUACGACCUGGAGUCGGCCUCUGCCAUCAUCCCCAGCAGCGCGGGCGCCCUCGACGUGGAGGAUGACUUCGACGGCGGGGCCAAGAAGUCCAAAAUCAAGGGCUUCCUGAAGAGCAAGCUGCGCAAGUCGUCCCUGACGCAGUCCAACACCUCGCUGGGCUCCGACAGCACCAUCUCUUCGGCCAGCCUGGGCCCGGCCGCCAGCGCUGCCGAGGUCACCAAAUCCCCGAGCCGACACAGCAGCCUGUCCACGGAGCGCUCUGUGAGGGACUUCCUGCCGUCCCCGAGGCUGACCCACAAGAGAGCGUUCAGCGACGACGUCUCCCAGGUCAGCCCGGUCCUGGAGCCGAAAGCCAUCCAAAACCUGCAGCCAAAGAGCGACCCCGUGUCCCGCUCCUCCCUCUGCAUCAACGGCAGCCACGUUUACGGCGACGAGGCUGCACCGCAGAGCCCCGUGCCUGCCCCGCGGAGCUCCGCGCCGCUGCCCGUGCCCGGCGGCCCCAGGAGGCCGGAGGAGGGCUUCGGCUUCGCCCCCCUGCACCCGGAGCCCCCCGAAGCUCCCUGGGGGGGCUUCGAGAGGACGCAGCAGAGAGACGAGCCCAGGUUCAUCCCGUCUCCUCCCAGCUUAGUCCUGCAGGAAGAGCUGAAGGUGUCCACCAAAGCCGUGACCCUCAGCAACCACCUGGGCAGAGCCAGGCUGGAGGAGGGCGGCCGCUCGGAGAGCAAGCCCACCCAAGCCGCGGCGCCCUUGGUGUUCUCCGCGGAGGCGAGGCAGGAGAAGCAGGCGGAAGAAUCGAGGAAGGAAGAGAAGAAACCCAAAGGCGGCUUCUUCCACCACGGGGGCACCAAGAGCGACGCGGGGGGCAGAGGCCAGGGAGAGAAAACGGGAGGCUCGCCCGCGGCAGGCGACGAGAGGAGCAGGGCCGGCGGCUGGUUCGCUUCCAAGGAGCCCAAAGAGAGCCCCCAGAAAGCCAGCCCUCACCCGGUGAAGCCCAUCAGCGCUGCGGUGCAGGAGGUGCCCGGCGAGAAGAAGCAGCAGCAGCAGCACAAGUCCAGCCUGACGGCGGCUCUGAGCAACGGCCUGGAGAAGCUGAAGACCGUCACCACGGGCAGCGUCCAGCCCGUGGCCCCGUCGUCUCACCCGGAGAAAGCGGACUCCAAGAAGUUAAAGGAUCCCACCGUGCUGGACCAGUCCGCCAAGUAUUACCACCUGACCCACGACGAACUCAUCCAGCUCCUGCUGCAGAGGGAGAAGGAGCUGAGCAAGAAGGAGGAGCACAUCCAGGAACUGGAGAAUUACAUUGACCAGCUGCUGGUGCGCAUCAUGGAGCAGUCUCCCACGCUCCUCCAGAUCCCGCUGGGGGAAGCCAAGACCAAGUAACCUCCUCGCGGAGCCCAGCAGCACUUGCCUAGAGCACCAAGAAACGCGCUGCAAACGUCCCUGCACUCCCCCUUCCUCUUGCAAGAGGGCUCCAGUGGCUUCUGUUCGCAGAGUUUAGCAGGAAAGGUGGUCUGCUCCCCCGCCCAGCCCCAGCUUCACCCGGCUCCUGGGAACUAUGGGGUGGGAGGCUGUUGUCCCCCACCCUAUGGGGAGGAGCAGAGCCCUCCGCGGGAGGCGGGUGCCUCCCAAGGUUCCUGUCCAAGUGGCACCUUCUCAGGCCCUCAUCCUGCCGAUGCUUUAAGUGGCCCGUGGACAUUUAGAGAGCUGGAAACCAGCCACCUCGCCCUCUUCUUUGUCACGCUGCCGCUGCUCUCCUGCCUACGCUCUUGCGCGGUCUCUUCUCUGAACUGGCGUGCCCAGGCCGAUGGCCAGCGCUAAAUUGGUCGAAGAAAUCGGGGGUGCUGAAACUGGGUGGGGGUCCACCCGCGCGUCACCGUGCCCUGAGCGCGCUCAGCAGGGCAGCUAGGGCAAGGGGCUGCUGUUGGAUGCUGUUGCGUGCACCGUCGGUGCUGGGGGAGAGCUCCUCGCACACACCGCCCGGCCCUUCACCUGUGUGUGCAAACCACAGGCGAAAUUUCGGCUCAGUAUUAACCCC